CCUGUUUCACUGAGAACCUCAUUACACAUAAAAAAGCUGAUUUAUGUAAAUUGCCGCGAUCUGCCAAGAUUAGGAAUCACAGACUUUGAGGAUAUGAAGGUAAAGGGAGAUGAAGCUGAGAAGCUUUCAGAUUCUAAGCCUGCAUUGAAUACUUAUUGAAAUUUCAAUAGAGUGAUUUUGAACGAAAAGGUCUGAAUGUAAAGUAGAAAUAGUCUAGGCUACAUAUAGGCUAUACUCAUGGCGUUUGCAACGCCAGGGUUGUGGGCUCGUUUCCCACGGGGAGCCAGUAUGAAAAUGUAUGCACUCACUAACUGUAAGUCGCUCUGGAUAAGAGCGUCUGCUAAAUGACUAAAAUGUAAAAUGUAAUUAAGGCACUAAAAUGUCCUGGGAGAGCCACCAUGAAUGUGUGCAGGAUUGUUUCAACCCAAAUAAGAAAACAUUGGGCAAUAUUCCCAUCUCAGUGGUAGGCUAAUUAUUCAAGAUGGGUCUCACAGCAUGAUAUAUCAUACACAGCCAAAUGCAGACAAUCGGAUUCAGCACUGAGAAUAAUUCAUAUUUCAUAGGCCAACUCAUAAGGGUAGCAUCUAAGCUGGACCCGGGUUUAUAUUUCUAAUGUGCAUGGUCAUACCAUAAUUCAUAGCAUUUUAUUAAUUUAGGGUUAUCCCUACAUUUCAAGCACACCUGAACAUUUCUGUAAUUAGCAGGGUGCAACGUACCUGAGUGGCGCAGUGGUCUAAGGCACUGCAUCGCAGUGCUAACUGUGCCACUGGUUCGAAUCCAGGCUCUGUCGCAGCCGGCCGCGACCGGGAGACUCAUGGGCGGCGCACAAUUGGCCCAGCGUCGUCCAGGGUAGGGGAGGGAAUGGCCGGCAGGGAUGUAGCUCAGUUGAUAGAGCAUGGCGUUUGCAACGCCAGGGUUGUGGUUUCGAUUCCCACGGGGGGUCAGUAUAAAACAAAUAUAUAUGUAUUCACUAACUGUAAGUCGCUCUGGAUAAGAGCGUCUGCUAAAUGACGUAAAUGUACUGAACAUUGCAGAUAGAAAUACUAUGAAUAGAGCUGCCAUUAUCUCCUCACUCUGUACAUUUCAGAGAGGCAUGUCUAUUCUAAAAUACAAUACACUUCUAUCUGAAGAUUCUACAACGUACCCUACUGAAUAUGACCCAGAUCGAGCCUAUGAUUUGGCUCAGCUCCUCCUCCCUGUGUUGCGCCCCCUGUAGGCCAUCUCUGCCCAUGUGCGUGAGCUGCUGGGGAUUUCAGAGCCGCUGUGGAGCUGCAGCAUCGCAGACCACCGCCACCACCCCAGAGACAGCAUGGGCCUGUCCCUAGAUAAGAAUAGCAGGACAGGGGACUGGGCUGACUCCUUCACCUACAAACAGCUCCUCAACGACAGGAAACAGUUAAUGGAAUUUUGCGUGUGAUAAAAUGCUAAAUGACUAAAAUGUAAAAUGUAAAAUAAAAUGAACAUGUGAAUGGAUUAACUGUCUGUCAAUGUGUUGUUUGUAAGAAUCAGAAUCACCUUUUCGCCAAGUAAAUUUAAAAGUAGUAGAAUUUUACUUGGUGAUAUGGUGCUACUAGCAAUAGAUUGCAAACAGAAUGC